GAAAGACUGUAGCCUGGAGACAGUCCUGAGGGCCACAUUCAGUCCCCAACCUUUCUUGGUAUGUUGACCCAUUUGUACCAGAAGAGCCGAAGAGCAGAAAGAGGAGACGGGGCAACACAGCAAGCCCAGCCAUCUCCACGAGCAACAGCAGCCACGCGCAGCCCCCCUCACCCUCACUGCCUUGCGACGACACCCCCGCCAUCAUCACCCCCACUCCCCUUCCCCCCAUCUCUCCCUGCCUGUAGCAAUCCAGCCCCUGCCUCCCCCCCCUCCUCCUCCUCCUCCCCCUCCCCAGCCCAGGAUCAAAAGGAGUCGCUGGAGGUUCGAGAAAAGCCGGAGAAACCGCGAACAAGAGAGCUCCGCGAUCAAGAGAGCUCCGCUCACUCCCCCCCCCCGUUUAGUUUUUCCAGCGAUCUCCGCAGGGGCGGGCAGGAAAGCGGCGGAGACGAGUCUUGCCAGACGCUGAGAGGGAACAGCAGCCGCCGGAGGGCGAUCCGGGCCAUCUUCGUCCCCCACCUCUUUGCUGCUCGCCUAAGGACCGCCUGGGCUUUGGUCGCUGCCGUCGGUGGGGUGGCGGAGCGCCUCUUCCUCCUCGUGUCUGCCUGGCUGGCUCGUCUUCGCUGGCUCGCUGCCUCCUCCGCGGCGGCUUCAAACGCCGUCACGGAAACCGCAGGCGCUUCGGGUCUCGAUUAGACGCCGCUCCUUCGCCGCCGGCACAGCGCUUUUCCCCAGCUGAGAGUUCCUCUUCUCGGACUGGCAAACCCCUAUUCCGCUCAGAGGGGAGCCGCUGACGGGCCGAUCCCUUACUGCAGCCAGGGGGGAGCCCCUUGGUUUAACCCUCCUCUUUCCACUUCCCUCAAAUCCCCCACCCCCGAAAAGCUGCUGCCAGUCUCCCCCCUUUCAGCCCCCCCAGCAAGCUCCCUCUCCUUCUUCCAGACAGCCCUUCCCACCAGCAAAGCAGCCUGCUUGACUUGACCCUCCUCAAUUUAAAAGCGAAAUUGCCUGUGGUUCCCCUCCCUCCUUAGAGAGGAGCAGUCCACCAUCCCACGCUGGACCCUCCUUCUCCAGUAGUCCAGAGGACCCUGCAACGGAUGAGAACAGUUAUCUAACGAUUUCUCUGUGCCCUCCCCAAAUAGACCCAACCUCAAAUACACCGGACGGUCUGCCUGUCAGCAGUGAUGGGAACUGGUUGCCCGCUGCCGCUGCUCUGCCUACUGGUGGGGCUUCUGUGCCCUCCCAGCCCUGCCCGGGUGGAGGCACAGUCGGUGCUGACCGACCAUGAAAUCGAGGAGUUCUUGAAAGGCUUCUUAGGGGAGGUGGAUGAAGAGGACCCAGAAGGCCGGGAGGGGGAGAAAGUGACCUUGGGCAAGGAGAUUCCUGAACACCAAGGAAGGCUGAACCCUGCAGAAAAGGACAAAGCCCCCACCGAACUGGAAGAAGGAGCACAACAGCCAGUGAGGGAGAAGCCCAAGAAAGGGAAAAAGGAGAAAGCACCUAAGCCAACGAAGAAGCCUAAAGAGAGGCCUCCCAAAGGCCCCAAGAAGGAGAAGCCCCCCAAACCCACCAAAAAGCCCAAGGAGAAACGUCCAAAGGCAACAAAGAAACCGAAGGAAAAAUCUCCUAAAGCCACCAAAAAACCAUCAGGAGGAAAGAAGACGGAGAGGCCUUCACCACCUCUCCAACCGCACGAGGAAGAGGAGAUCUACCACUUUCCAGAAAGGCCACUGAUUCCACCCCCACCCAGGGAGGAAGAUGGCUAUGGACUGCCCGAUUUGCCCCAAUUUCCUUAUGAGCGGGAAAAUGAGCAGGCCCGAGUGAACGAAGAAGGCGGGGAAUCUCUUUUCCCAGAGGAGCCAACAGAACCACGAUGGGACGAGAAAGAGGAUCCAACUAGGCAUCGCACUGAUUUCUAUGAACCCCCAACUGACCCACAGGAGCCUGGAAGAGACGAUGGAAGCCACGAAAGCCGGCCAGAGUCCCCCGGAGAAGCAGAGCCGCCGACACUGGAUUACAAUGAGCAGAUUGAGCGCGAGGACUACGAGGACUUUGAAUACGUCAGACGUCAGCACAAACCCAACAAACCACCAAGAAGGAAACCGGAGAGACCCAGGCCAGAGACGGAGGAGAAGCCAACAGAGAAGCCGGAGGAGCCGCCUACUGCACCCUUCGAGAGUCAUUACGAAGAAGGGUUAGAGCUGCCUGAUUAUGGAGAUGUGGAUUAUGGUUUGCCACACCAGAAGCCCAAAAACUUUCCCAGCAAAAAAGACGAGGAAGAUGAGAUGGAGACAGAUGAAGAGAAACUCAGACUAAAUAAGCCCAAGAAGGGCAGCAAGGAGGAGGAGGAUGGUGAUACAGACGAAGACAAAUGGACAGAGGAGAAAAGCAAAGAACGGAAAGGGAAGCCAAAGAAAACAGGAGGGAAAAAAUGGGAAACGGAUGAAGACGAGUGGACUCCAGAAGAGAAAAUAAAGUGCCCUCCCAUUGGAAUGGAAUCCCAUCGAAUUGAGGACGAUCAGAUCUUAGCCUCCUCAAUGCUGCGUCAUGGCUUGGGAGCUCAGCGUGGGCGCCUCAACAUGCAGGCAGGGUCUAACGAGGACGAUUAUUUUGACGGUGCUUGGUGCGCAGAAGACGACAGCCGCAUACAGUGGAUUCAGGUGGACACCAGGCGAACCACCAAGUUCACAGGGGUCAUAAUCCAGGGCCGCGAUUCUCUCAUCCAUGAUGACUUUGUCACCACCUUCUAUGUGGGCUUCAGCAAUGACAGCCAGAACUGGCUUAUGUACAGUAAUGGAUACGAGGAAAUGCUUUUCUAUGGAAAUGUUGACAAGGAUACCCCAGUGAUGACUGAAUUCCCAGAGCCAAAAGUUGCCCGUUUCAUUCGUGUCUACCCACUGACUUGGAACGGUAGCCUAUGCAUGAGACUGGAAGUUCUGGGCUGCCCUCUCUCAAGCCUCCACAGCUAUUACAGCCUUCAGAAUGAGGUGAUGACAUCAAUAGAUAACCUGGACUUCCGGCAUCACAACUACAAGGACAUGAGACAGCUUAUGAAGGUGGUGAAUGAAGAGUGUCCCACCAUCACCCGCAUCUACAACAUUGGCAAAAGUUCCCGAGGACUUAAGAUCUACGCCAUGGUGAUCUCUGAUAAUCCAGGAGAGCAUGAACUAGGAGAGCCGGAGUUCCGCUAUACGGCAGGAAUCCAUGGGAAUGAGGUGCUGGGCCGUGAGUUGCUGCUAAUGCUGAUGCAGUUUAUGUGCAAGGAAUACAAGGAUGGGAACCCUCGUGUGCGGAACCUGGUGACCGAGACCCGCAUUCACCUUGUCCCCUCACUCAAUCCCGAUGGCUAUGAGAUUGCCAGCCAAAUGGGCUCUGAGAUGGGGAACUGGGCCCUGGGACACUGGAAUGAGGAAGGGUAUGAUAUCUUUGAGAACUUCCCUGAUCUCAACAGCAUCCUCUGGACUGCAGAAGAGAGGAAAUUGGUACCACACAAAGUCCCCAACCACCAUAUGCCCAUCCCUGAGCACUAUCUGGCAGAGGAUGCUACGGUGGCAGUGGAGGUGAGAGCCAUCAUGGUCUGGAUGGAAAAGAACCCUUUUGUCCUUGGCGCCAACUUCCACGGCGGGGAGAAACUAGUCUCCUAUCCCUAUGACAUGGCUCGCCCUGCCAGCGAGAAUCAAGUGGCUCCUCCGGCCUUGGAUGACUAUGAAGAGGAGAACCCGGAAACCAGGGAGACUCCGGACCAUGCCAUUUUCCGCUGGCUGGCUAUUUCCUAUGCCUCCACCCACCUCACUAUGACUGAGACCUUCCGGGGUGGUUGCCAGACUGAGGAUAUGACCAGUGGGAUGGGGAUCGUCAAUGGUGCCAAGUGGCAUCCACGGGUGGGCACCAUGAAUGAUUUCAGCUACCUCCACUCCAACUGCCUGGAGCUCUCCAUCUACCCAGGGUGCGACAAGUUCCCCCAUGAAAGUGAACUGCCGCAGGAGUGGGAAAACAACAAGGAAUCGUUAUUGACGUUCAUGGAGCAGAUACACCGGGGCAUUAAGGGGGUGGUGACGGACCAGCGGGGAGACCCCAUUGCAAAUGCCACCAUCUCUGUUGGGGGGAUCAACCAUGAUGUGCAAACAGCAAGUGGUGGGGAUUACUGGCGCAUCCUGAACCCUGGCGAAUACCGCGUCAUAGCCAGAGCUGAGGACUUCAAUCCCAGCGUCAAAACUUGCAACGUCUUUUAUGACAUUGGAGCCACCCAGUGCAACUUCAUCUUGUCGCGGUCCAACUGGAAACGCAUCCGAGAGAUCAUGGCUAUGAAUGGGAACAGGCCCAUUGGCAGGCCUCUCUCUGGACGGCCCUUGACGCCCAGGGAGCGCAUGCGCUUGAGGCUGAGGAUGCGGCAGAGAGCUCGCCUGCGCCAACAGAUGCGCAACCGCCUACGUAACGCCGCCACAAAUGCUCCUACCACUCCUCUCCCAACCACAGCUUUCCCUUUCUUGUUCAGCAGCACCACACUCCCUCCAUGGAGUCGAGAGCCCCCUACUACUGAAGCUGCAACCACCUGGGAGACAGAGGUCUACACAGAGACUGUGACAGAGUGGGAGACUAUGACAGAUGGCGUGACUGAGGGCGAGACUAUGACAGAUGGCGUGACUGAGGGCGAGACUAUGACAGAUGGCGUGACUGAGGGCGAGACUUUGGAGGAGACCACAGGCACUCCUUUCCCCAUGACUACAGCAGAAACCUACACCGUGAACUUUGGUGAUUAGCAACAGCCAGCCAGCUUGCUAUGACUGUGGGCCAGGAGCACUCUUAAGACAUUGCUCCAAAGCUUGCCCCCACCCCAAUUCCCUGGAGCAGGUGGCUAUAUCCAGAUCAGCAUAGUACAGUAGGCACCAGCACCUGCUUUCAGAACCCACUAAGAAAUCCACUGCUUCUAGCAGGCUGCACCAGCCGUAGAAUUUACACCCAGGGUCAGGGAACCUGUGCUCUGCCAGAUGUUGUUGGACAACACCUCCCAUCAUCCCUGACCAUUAGUCAUGCUGCCUGGGGCUGCUGGAAAUUGCAGCCCAACAAUGCAUGGAGGCCACAUGGUCCCAAGCCCUGCCUUAUGUCCACUCUCAUAUGCACAACUCCUUAGUUGUAACGCUCAGCUGGCUUUAAAGGGGUAUUGUUCCAAUCCUACAACCUACCUCUUGCCAAAUGGGAUAUUAAGGUGAGCAGGCUGAGUAUCUAAGCUUGGUUCUGCAACAGAAAACAGGCCAAGAACAGCAGCCUCUCCCCUGGCUGACUACAUGAAGCUCAGACGUGUUUGGUGUUCUCUCCUCCAACCUACUGCUCGGUUCUUAACAGGACACUUUACAAGCAGGGGUAGCCAGUGUACAAGUGUCCUUGCUUGUUGUUGGACUACAACUCCUAUAAUCUUUGCCCAUGUUGGCUGGGGCUGAUGGAAGUUGGACUCCAACAACCUCUGCAGGGCAUUUCUGUAGCUAACCCUGUUUAAUAGUGUAGCAUAAGAUUUGAGAAAUAGGAAAAGGGAAGGAAGUUGCAAACCUGACCAACAUUCAGGGAGCUGGAAUUCCGUGCCCUCCAUUCUGAAUUCAUUGGGAUAAUUAAGCACAUUAAGUGGCACUAUGUAUCUUCAGUUUUAUACACUAGAGCUACAAUCCAGUACACAGUUCCAUAUGCAUAUGUCCCUUUAAAAAUCAGUAGGUUAUAAGUAACCACUGCACUGUGCUGGAUUGCAGUCUUUGGAUUUUUUUUUUAUUUAGAAAAGGCACAUGUACAAUUUAGAGAUCUUGUUCCAGUUUGUUAGGCGUUUGAAAGAAUCCUUAAAAUGCCAAUACAUGCACAAGUGCCAGAGGAACAACCUUAAGCACAAGUGCCAGCCAAGCUUAAGUUCUAAAAUGUUUUUUCCAUGGUUUUUCUCUCCAUAAUCAUGAGGCCUAGAAGCUUCAUAGCUUUCAAAGAGAUGUCCUAGAUUCCAUGGGAAUCACCAGAUUCUUUACUGAAGGGCAGAGUCUGAUCUUCUCACUGCUAUUCCAGCAAGUUCCUAACCCUCAGGUGGGUAACGUCUGGCAUUCCAGCCCUUGUUGGACUUGCAACUCCCAUCAGCUCCAGCCAGCAAGCCUAGUGGUCAGGGAUGAUGGGAAUUGGAAUUCAACAACAGCUGGAGGGCUACAGGUUCCCCAUCCUUGUUCUAACCAUAGUGCUGUGGUUCUCCCACCAAUGAGCCUGUCAACUUCAAUAGCCAAGAGAGGGUUUCUUUGCAGGGCGCCCAGGCCAUAGGUGCCCAGGAGGCAGGUCCAGUGCCCCCUCAAGUUCCUUUGACCUUCCAACAGUUCUUGUUAUAUGAAUAAAGUGAGUUAUAUAUGAAAAA